GAGAUUUUGCUGAUAUUGGUUUUUUGGGGAUUUUGUUAGAGCUGAGAAAGUAUUUGAGGGGAAAUUAUAUCUGGGACUUCGAAUUCCUGAUCAUGAUACUGGUUCUAGACAAAACAUUGAUAUGGUUGUCACCAAAGAGAAAGUAGUGGUGAUCCAUGUUAAGAACUUUUCUGGGCAUGUAAAGAUUGAUUCAGAUGGUAGUUGGAUUUGUGCUGGAGGAGAAAAACAACCAAAAUUAGAGAAUCAUCCAAAUCCUGUGGUGGAGGCUAAAAGGCAAGUUGAAGUACUUGAAUCAUACUUUGAACAAAGAGGAGUUGAACUGCCAAAUGGAUAUGUAACUUGUAGAGUUGUACUUUCAAACCCCAGCUGCAGGGCUCUUCCUUUCAUUGAUUUCCCACCAGAGGUUGUUCCGUUUGAUCAGUUGAUAACGCCUCAGCCAGAAACAAAAGAUGUGUUUACUGGUUGGAAUUCUCGGAUUAAGGAGGCAUUUCGUGGAGGAAAGAAAGAAGAUCUAGAUAGGAUCAAUCGGUUCAAUCAACAGCUGCAUUUUGUUCUAAGCACAGCUCCGAUGUGGGAUAAGUUUGAGCUGGAGGGAAAUAAACAUCUUCUUGGAGAAUUCCUUAGAUUUGAAGGGAAGGAUGUAUGGGCUUUGAGACAGAUUAAGAGAUCCAAAGUUAGUCGAUUGGUUAUCCAAAAGUCAGCGAUGUUUGGCUUCGGUUGUUCAGAGUUCCAAGUGCUGUACUCAGCCCGAGAUUAUCGAAGUCAGGGGGCUUCAGGUUCUAAAUGGAAGGAAGUAACGGUGAAAUCAAGUAUAGAAGUACUUUUUCAACAACAGAAUUCUACUAAAGUUCGCAAGUUCAAACUUUCUUCAAUCACUUCUAUGUCACUGUCUGCAUGAAAAAUGUAUUUCCAGUUGACAGAUACAUACGGUACAGAGCAUUGUAAGGACUAUAUUUGUUUUCCUGGUUCAUGUACCUACGCUCCGGAUAUGAUAAUCUUAGGGAGGUCUGUAGUGCUUAUGGCUGCUAGCUUUUCCUAAAUCAUGGUUUAUCACAAGAUAUGAUGGUUUGUCAUAAGAUCGGUUAGCAUUUGGUUCCUUACUUUCCACUUGCAACAUGAGGGUUUGCUGCGCAGGAUUAUACUUUGCCUAGGCGGCUAUUCUGCUUUACAUAGGCGGUUUAUACAGUCCAUGCGACAUGAAGGUUUGUUGCGUAGGUAAGGUGGCGUAUAUACAUCUACAGGGGAUUCUUGAAUUACUUUGGAGAAGCAAGAUCUGCUCCAGUUCUCUUUAGCUGUACGUCCCGUCCCUGCUCUUGCAUCCUUGUUGGCUCCGUGUCUGUUGGUUUUGCUCCUGUCUUUGUUGUGCCGCCGGGACUUUUAGUGCUUGCAGUCCUGUUCUGCUCCGAAUAUUCUGCCAUUUUGUUCCCCAAUCUGGAUUUCGUUCGCUGGUUUCUUAAGGUCAUUGUUCUUCCUUAGUCGUCCCCAGGAGUAGCCUGCAUCUCAUGGAGAUCUCACAAAUCUACUCUCUUGAUACGACCAGUCUAUACUAUAAACUAUAAAGAACUGUAAAGUUGUUUGGGGUCUCAGUAAUUCUGGAUUCAUGGUUGCGUCUAAUUUGGUGUUUAUCUGGAAAGAUUCUUUUUUAUAAAAAA